CGACGGGAACAACGUUUACGAAAGUUUCAACGAAAUAAUAACGCUUUAUUUCAGUUGAAAAAAUGUUCAAAUUUAUGCCAUUCUCCAUCUAAUCAAACUGGUGUUCAGCUGAAAGAUAACCAACCAUUAGAAAUCGGACAAUUAUUUCCUGAUCAGUAUGGCGAUCAUGAUCAAGAUGGGAUUGUGGAAAAAGAAGCACGUGAUGAUGAAAUUAGUAGAUUGAGACCUUUUCGUCUACUUGGUAAAUCCCCUUAUCUGAUACAAAUGAUCAUGAUGAUCAGUCUGUCAAAAAAUGUGAUCAGAUUAAUAAAAGUGUUUUAGUGAAUAUUCAUAAUCAUUUAGACGAGAAUAAUAAUAAUUGUUUUUAUCAUAAAUCGUCAAAUUGGACAUCAUCUAUGGUUAAUUUGAAUGAACGAAAUAUGUCUGAAUUGUCUGAUAUCUCACUUUGGUAUAGUUUACAAACUCGUCGAAAACAUCCUUUCACUGAAAAACAAGAUAAUCAACAAAAUGAAAAAAUUCACAUAGAUGAUGAUGAUGACAACGAACAACAAUUAUUUAUUCGUGGUGCUAAUAUCAUUUUAGUACGAAUUAUUUCUGAGAAUUAAUUACAAAAUUGAACGAAAGAAUUGAGAGAAUUCUCCGUCGUGUUUUUUGUUUGCUUUUCCAUUCAAUCUCAUCCUAUUUGUAAUUUUGAUUAAAUGAAU